AUGGCCGAGCUUGUCAAUAGCCCGCUGGGCACUCGGCCGUCGUUGGGAGGCACUCCAAAACGACGAGCAUCCAUGAAAGUCUUGAUGCGUAAUGUGCGCGAGGUCGUCCUGGGAAAUCUGUGCUUCGAGACAUGGUACUUCUCACCCUAUCCGGAUAACAUCAUCAAGGGUUCUCGUGCAAAGCCUACCGAUACUGCCGUACAAAAUCUCACCACCCUGGGCGGCGAUGGGAUCAAGCAAGAUGGAAUCGUCUGUGAACGCCUCUACGUAUGUCCACUCUGCUUUCGCUACACACCCGAUGAAGUGAACUACGCGCAGCAUAUUAUGUUUCAUCAGGAGAAGCAGAAGUUUGGCGAGCUAAUGCCUGUGCCCGAUUCGGCGGAGAAAGUGUACGAGUGGGAUGGCUAUGUGGUUUGGGAGGUCGAUGGCGAAGCAGAGAAGCUCUACUGUCAGAACCUUUCGCUCUUUGCGAAGCUUUUCCUGGAGCAGAAGAGCGUCUUCUUCGACACUGGUGGAUUCAGGUACUAUGUGCUGACUUACACGGCGCAAGGGAGCAAGGGCAGAGGUCGAGGCCGCAAGCGUGCUUCUUCUGGCGUGGAUGAGCCGCUGUUCAAGACACAGGUUUUGGGGUUCUUCUCCAAAGAGGACUUGUCGUGGGACAACAACAAUCUGGCGUGCAUCCUUGUCUUCCCGCCUUACCAGCACCGUCAGCUGGGGCAGUUAUUGAUGGCUGUUUCAUACAAACUGAGCGGCUGGGAAUGGGAAGGAGGCAUUAUUGGUGGUCCCGAGAAACCAUUAAGCACAAUGGGCCGAAAAGCCUACCUGCGAUUCUGGUCAGAGCGGAUUGCUCGCUUCUUCAUGGCAUCGAUCUUUGAAAAGACAACCAAACGAAAGACGGGAUUCGCAAGAGAGGAGAUGACUGUGAAAGACAUCGGCGACCGGACUGGAAUGCUUGCGGAGGAUGUCAUAGCAGCGCUCAAUGACAUGGGAAUCUGCGAUAUCAAGCCAGCGAAACGGAAACAGAAGAUCUCAGGCGAAAACUUGGACACUAAAGUCAUCAAUGGUCACUCUGACGCAGAGGAGUUCGAGCCAGCAAAGAUGGUGGUAUCACGAGCGAAAGUGUUGCUAUGGAUCGAGAAUCAUAAAGUCGAUCUAGUUGCGCCUGCCAGGGAAGAGGGCUUCCUCGGGGAAUGGGCUCUAAGUGACGCUAGUGACGAAGUGGAAGAAGCUGAGGAUCAGUCCGACGCUUGA